CCGCGGAUGGUACGUUCCGCACGUGAGCUGGGUGCUGGUCUGGCCGGCGACGCGCGUGCCCUGUGGCCAAACACUGCCCGGAGUGAGAGCAAACUACCAUCGCAGUGGGGCCGGGGAGAGUGUGUGUGUGCGUGUGUGCCAGAGAGCAAGCGACCGCGGGGGGGGUGGGGGGACCAACUGCUUCACACUUUCGACACUGCACUGAAGAGGGAGAGCUAGAGAGAGAGAGAGACUGGAGACGCACCGAUCCCCCCAAGAUCUCCCAAGGCUACCGUCCCACAGAUUAUAGAACAGAGACCCCAAAAUCGAAACAGAAGAAACAGCGAUUGAACAUGGACGAAGGAAUUCCUCAUUUGCAAGAGAGACAGUUACUGGAACAUAGAGAUUUUAUAGGACUGGACUAUUCUUCUUUGUAUAUGUGUAAACCCAAAAGGAGCAUGAAGCGAGACGACAGCAAGGAUACCUACAAAUUACCGCACAGAUUAAUAGAAAAGAAAAGAAGAGACCGAAUUAAUGAAUGCAUUGCUCAGCUGAAAGAUUUACUGCCUGAACAUCUGAAAUUGACAACACUAGGGCAUCUGGAGAAAGCGGUAGUCUUGGAAUUAACUUUGAAACACUUAAAAGCUUUAACAGCCUUAACCGAGCAACAGCAUCAGAAGAUAAUUGCUUUACAGAAUGGGGAGCGAUCUCUGAAAUCGCCCAUUCAGUCCGACUUGGAUGCGUUCCACUCGGGAUUUCAAACAUGCGCCAAAGAAGUCUUGCAAUACCUCUCCCGGUUUGAGAGCUGGACACCCAGGGAGCCGCGGUGUGUCCAGCUAAUCAACCACUUGCACGCCGUGGCCACCCAGUUUUUGCCCACCCCCCAGUUGUUGACUCAACAGGUCCCUUUGAGCAAAGGCACUGGCGCUCCCUCCGCCCCCGCCCCCACCGGGUCCACGGCCGCCCCCUGCCUGGAGCGCGCAGGGCAGAAGCUCGAGCCCCUCGCCCACUGCGUGCCGGUCAUCCAGCGGACUCAGCCCAGCGCCGAGCUCGCCGCGGAGAACGACACGGACACUGACAGCGGCUACGGCGGAGAGGCCGAGGCCAGGCCAGACCGCGAGAAGAGCAAAGGCGCAGGGGCGAGCCGCGUCACCAUCAAGCAGGAGCCUCCCGGGGAGGACUCGCCGGCGCCCAAGAGGAUGAAGCUGGAUUCCCGUGGCGGCGGCGGCCCGGGGGGCGGCGCGGCGGCGGCGGCGGCCGCACUCCUGGGGCCUGACCCGGCCGCUGCGGCCGCGCUGCUGAGACCCGACGCCGCCCUGCUCAGCUCGCUAGUGGCGUUCGGCGGAGGCGGGGGUGCACCCUUCGCUCAGCCCGCCGCAGCGGCCCCCUUCUGCCUGCCUUUCUACUUCCUCUCGCCUUCCGCGGCCGCCGCCUACGUGCAGCCUUUCCUGGACAAGAGCGGCCUGGAGAAGUAUCUGUACCCCACGGCGGCCGCCGCCCCGUUCCCACUGUUGUACCCCGGCAUCCCCGCCCCAGCUGCCGCCGCCGCUGCUGCUGCAGCGGCCGCCGCGGCCGCCGCCUUCCCCUGUCUGUCCUCGGUGUUGUCGCCCCCUCCCGAGAAGGCGGGCGCGGCUGCUGCCGCGACCCUCUUGUCGCACGAGGUGGCGCCCCCUGGGGCGUUGCAUCCCCCGCAUCCGCACGGCCGCACCCACCUGCCCUUCGCCGGCCCCCGCGAGCCGGGGAACCCGGAGAGCUCUGCUCAGGAAGAUCCCUCACAGCCAGGAAAGGAAGCCCCCUGAGUCCUUGAGCCCUUCCUUAGAAGGGAUGGAGGUUUAAGAGGAAUAAUAAUAAUACAAGUUAAAACACCCUUAAUGUUUUUAAGGGAGGAAGCGUGAUAGAUGCAGGACAGGCUUAAGGGGGGGAAACAGGUGUUUUGUGUACAUUUGGAGUUCCUGUUUUGCUCAAUUCUCACCACCCCAUCCUCCGCACACUAAUAUCCCCUUACCCCCCACAUACACCAGCUGUUAAAGAUCCUCUGCGAUAGCUAUUGGUUCUUUUUUUAGUUCCCUUGAUAAGUUUUGUCUCCUUUUAGGCCAUCUUCCAUUAUCUUUUAAAAUGUGGAACCUAAUUCUAGAGAAAGUUAAGAAGGGUCUUCUCUGUGGGUGAUCUCAUUGAACCAGGGAGGGGAGAAGGUGCCAAGUUCCUUGACUGGAGUUGAUAGAGGACAGCAGGUAGUCUUUACAUAGAGCCUUGUUUCAGGGCUGCCCUGCUUGUUUUAGGAUGAGGUCCACAACACAUUGAGGAUCUUUUCAAGCUCGGCAUUUUGAAAGGCAUAUAUUUUUCAAAGAAGUGAGGAUACAGUUGCCCACACUGCGACCUAUUCUGAAGUGGUUAAAAUGGUAUCUUUUACUAACUUGCACUUGUUUUGAGAGACACAGAGUUGGGCCAUCGUCAGCACGAAGUCAGGGAAGAUGGAUGAAGAAGCCCAGAACCAUUCUUACCAUCUUGUGCUUGCACUUUAUUGAGAAAUUGACCAUGAAUCAGUUGGUUCAUCUUAAUAUUCUCUCUCUCUCUCUCUCUCUCUCUCUCUCUCUCUCUCACACACACACACACACACACAAAUAUAUGUUACAUAUGUUACAUAUAUGUUGCGCAUAUAUAUAUAUAUAUAUAUAUAUAUAUAUAUAUGAAGUGCAUCUAUUCUCAUUUAAUCCAUCUUGUUUCUAAAUUUCUGUAAUCUUACUGUAAAAAACAAAAAGUGCACUGAACUUAAAAAAGAAACAAGUCCAAACUGAUUUAUCCUAUAUUCUUGUUAGGUCAUAAAAGUGGAGGAAAGCUUGAAACUGGUCAGUUGUGGUUGGAAAUGCUGUAAAGAUGUGGAAAGAAGCCCUGUAAGGCCUUCCUAUCUCCAACUCUAUGUAUUUUCUGGAGACCAAACCAGAUACCAGAUAAUCACAAAGAAAGCUUUUUAAAUAAGGCUUAAACCAGGACCUUGUCUAGAUAUUUUUAGUUUGUUGCCAAGGUAGCACUGUGAGAAAUCUCACUUGAAUGUUAUGUAAGGGGUGAGACACAACAGUCUGACUGUGAGUGAAGAAAAUAUCUGGGUCUUUUAGUCAGUUUGGUGCAUUUGCUGCUGCUGUUGCUACUGUUUGCCUCAAACGCUGUGUUUAAACAACGUUAAACUCUUAGCCUACAAGGUGGCUUUUAUGUACAUAGUUGUUAAUACAUCCAAUUAAUGAUGUCUGACAUGCUAUUUUUGUAGGGAGAAACUAUGUGCUAAUGAUAUUUUGAGUUAAAAUAUCUUUUGGGGAGGAUUUGCUGAAACAUUGCACUUUUGUUACAAUGCUUAUGCUUGGUACAAGCUUAUGCUGUCUUAAAUUAUUAAAAAGCAAAUAAAUAAAUACUGUCUGCAAGAAACCAGCUGGUUUAGAAAAGUUUAGUAUAUGAAGAUAAACUAGAAAUUAUCUUUAUAUUCUAGUAUUUUCAGCACUCCAUAAAUUCUAUUACCUAAAUAUUGCCGCACUAUUUUGUGACUUAAAAAUUCUUACUAAGGAAUAAAAACUUUCUAUAUGAUAUGAGAUUGUCUAAUAAUUAAAAAAAGACAUAAUGGACGCUCAGUUAGCUUUAAAGUAUUUGUAAGUAUAAAAACACAAAAGUCAUUAAGGUUCUCAGAUAUACAACUUUUUUUGUUUGGCCUGAUAUCACAUAUUUCCAAUCUCUUGCAAGCCUGCAGGCUCUGGCUGUGUCUACUUGCUUAUUCCAGUGUAUCCUAAUGAAAAGCUCAACAGAAAAACCUACCAAUAACUUGCAUGGUUUGUUUAUGUUCAACCCAAUUUGCUCAUGUUUUUAUAAUUGUCAAGAUUUUCACUUUCUGUCUGUGACAUCAGGCAGCCUCUUCUACACAGUCUGGUGUUUUCCUCUUUUACUGGGGUCCUGAUUAAGUAUAUUACCACCUCAGGAUGCUUAAUUUCUCCAAGUAUUUUGAUUCAUUAACUUUUAUAAAAUAACUCUGUCAUGGAUGGAAUAAGUUCAUCAUGGAGUUUAAGAAACAAUUUCUAGACCUUUAUCAUAUUUAUUAUCAAACAUAUGACUUGAUACAGAUGGAGUGAAGGACUGUCAGUGUUUAAUUCCUGUAGUGUCCUCAAACUCCUUGAUUUGUGAAAAUGAUAGCCUAAAUUUAUAAGACAUAGUGAAAGUGCUCCCUCUGCUGACAUUAUGGAAACUCAACUGCAAGUUACUGAAUAUGGGGCUGGAAGGAAUGGCUCAUCCAGUUCCCUGAAUUUUUAUAAGAAAACUAAGUCCAGAGCUAUUGGUAUCUUCCCAAGGUGACAUAGCUACCUACAGCCAGCACUAGAGGCCAGGCCUGCUGUAGUCCUCAGCCAGUGAACUACUUUCCACUGCAGCAUCUUGGUCCAGGUAAGAUGAAUUUGAUUGGGCAAAUUCCUGAAACUAAAUGAGUAAACCAUAGGAACAAAGGAAAUAAAAAUGAACCUUAGAAAGCUCUUUAAGAUUUUUGAGCAUUACUGAUUUAUUAAACUUUAGAAGGAUAGUCUUCCCAAUUAAACCAGAAUCAUGGAGAAAGCAGCAUUUUAAAUAUUUUGAGCUACAUUUGAAUGCUAUUAUUACAGUAAUAUUAGUUUCAUAAUUUUUAAAAAAGAUUCAAAGUAAAUGAGAAGUUAAUAAAAUGUUUUAGCAUUUGUAUAAUUUUUGUGUGAUAAAAUAGAAAAAUUUAGGAUAGGACCAGACUUGAUAGAUCAGUUUAGUCCAAAUGCCUUGAUAGCAUCAGCAUAAUAAAAUUAGGACAGAAAUGCAAAUGCAAAGUAAUAUUGUCUGUUGCACUUAAGAAUAUAAUUUUUGUUUAUUCAUUAAUUUUAAUGGAUUGAAAUCUGAAUUAUAAUUCACUAAGGAGCAUUCUAUAUCUGCAGUGGUGAAAUUUCAGCUAAAUUGCUUUGUGGAUCAUGUGAAUUUCCAAUUUUAAGAAAAAUAUGAAUCUUGAGAAUGGUACUAUUCCAAUGAAUUUUAAAUACAUAUAUUUUUCAACAGACGUUAUAUUGAAUUGAUAAAUGUCCUUUUUCCCCAAAGAACUAAACUUAAGCACAUUUUAAAGGUACUAGCAACUAUAGCUAUGAAAACAUGACUGGAAUUUUAGUUCCUAUCAUUGUGAAACUACUUUUCAUUUAGUUCUCUGUAACUUACUAUAUAGGCUGUAACUUUGGUUAUUGCCUGUCACCUGGGAUUUGUUCAAAUCUUAUGUAGAAGGAGAGGCUCAGCUUGUUCUUGUCUGUGUCACAAGUCAAUUAUUGACUUCUCCAUGGGAGGUGAUUGCCAGUGGAGACCUUGCAAAGAUAUGGCUGGGCAAACAGACGAAAGCCUUUUACUUUAGAUAAAAACGAAUAGAGCUCUCAUGAAUGAAUUAAGACAAGUAUAAUGCCAAGAGCUGGCUGUACUAUUGUGAUAAAGGUAUUCUACUUCAGAUAGCAGUCUAAUACUUUAUGGGUUUUUUUUUUUAAUUCUGAAAUUUUGGACUUUCAGAUUAAUUUACUUAGGCCUACCCAUUGUUCUCACUAUGUUAUUUUAAAUAAGUUCAAAGUGGAUUUGCAGUGCAUGCUAAAGUCCCAGCUUUUCAGGGGAGAGUUUAAGUAGGGGAUUGACAUGGGAAAUUAUCACAUAUUUUCUGUAAUCAAGAUGGGAUUUACACUAAAAAACAUGUGCAAUUCAUGUACUUUAAAAAUAUGCUAUUUUAGGAAUUGUAUAUUUAUCUUAAAAUUUCUUGUACUUGUUCAAUGAAAAUUCCUCUCAAAUAUAAAACUAUGCUUUUUUUUUUUUACAAACUGAUACUUAAAAAUUCUAAAUUCAGUGAUUUCCCACAAAACAACAGUUUAAACAAACUGUGUUCAGGUGCCAAUGCCAUUUUAUUUUUUAAAAUCUUACUGGAAAACAUACUAAAAAGUUUUACACAUAUCCUCUUACAUGUUUUUGGAAAAAAUACCCUGAACAUAUUAAACCUUUCUCAAUUCAGAGUCGCCAUUAUAAAUAUCACUCUAUACUCUCGAAGAGUAUUUGCUCCUGUACUGAUUCUUAUUGGGUUCUUACAAAGCCAGGCUGUCAGCUGUCACUUCUUGAUGGUCAGAGUGCUACCUCCAUCCCUUAUCUAAUUUGCUACCUCUGAUUUACUGUGGGCUAGGAGACCAUUUAAACAAAACCACACCCAUCUGAAAUGUGUCUAAAAUUAGAAUAAAUAGGUUCUAACAGAGGACCUGAGGGACUCUUCUGUACAUAAAUUGUGUGAGUUUGUAGACUCUCCCGAGUCUUCUUUUUAUCAUUGUGUCCUUUAACUUCCAGAUUCUCAGCUAUGUUCCAUAUCAGACUCUUUAUUCAAAAGCUUCAAAUACUUCUUGUAUUUCUCUAUCAUUUUCUUACAUAAAAAUAAAAGCAACUUGCUAACGGUUUUAGUCCA